CGUCUUGGAGACUGUGGCCGGGCUAGGAGCGCUCCUCUCCGGCUGUGCGCCCCGCUGUGCCCGCUGUGCCUCCUCGUCUCCUCUCUUCGUGUCCUCGUCAUGUCUCCCGGGCGCGUGCUCGUGGCGCUGAUGUUGUCGGUGUCGUUCGUAGAUUCACGGACCGGGCCGAAAGUCACCGAGAAGGUGUUUUUUGAUGUGACGGUCGGAGGUCAUGAGGUCGGCAGGAUCGUCAUUGGACUCUUUGGAGAAGUGGUUCCUCUCACAGUCGCCAACUUUGUCGCCCUGGCAACGGGAGAGAAAGAUUAUGGAUACAAAGGCUCCAGGUUCCACCGUGUCAUUAAAGACUUCAUGAUCCAGGGAGGAGACUUCACCAACGGGGACGGGACUGGAGGUCACAGUAUUUACGGCUCCACUUUCGCUGAUGAGAACUUUAAACUGAAGCAUUUGGGAGCGGGAUGGGUGAGCAUGGCAAACGCAGGACCCGACACAAACGGCUCGCAGUUCUUCAUCCUGGCCACCAGGGCGCCGUGGCUCGACGGGAAGCACGUCGUCUUCGGGAAAGUCCUGGAUGGAAUGACGGUGGUUCACACGAUCGAGCUCCAGGACACCAACGACAGGAACCUGCCGUACACCGAGUGUGUGAUUGUGAACAGUGGACGCAUCGCUGUGACAGAGCCCUUCACUGUGGAGGUGGAGGGAUGGGUGUGAGAGGAGAGAGACGGAGGUGGAGGGGUGGGUGUGAGAUGAGAGAGACGGAGGUGGAG